AAAAGGGCUCGCCGGCCGCCUUACUGCCUGCCCUGCCCUUGAAAGGACGCACCCAGCUACCUAGCCCACGACUUUUCCCCCCAAGGAGAAACAGAAAGCAAAGCCGCAGGCUGAAGCAGCCGCCUUCCUUCGCCGCCGGUCAGCUGACUGGCGUCAUCAUCCUGAGAAGCGGCGGCACAGAGAGGAACUGAGAAGCGGCGCGCGAGGAUUCUUGCUCCAUCAUGUCUGGCGUCCCCAGCUCCUGCCUUCCCUUGGCCGGCCUUUCCCACCUGCUCUUCCUCCUUCUCCUGCCGGGAAGUGCCGCCGCUCCUCCUUAUGACCCGACCUGGGAGUCGCUGGAUUCCAGGCCGCUUCCCGCUUGGUUUGACGAGGUCAAGUUUGGCAUUUUUAUCCACUGGGGCGUCUUCUCGGUGCCCAGCUUCGGCAGUGAAUGGUUUUGGUGGUAUUGGCAAAAAGAAAAGAGAAAAGAUUAUGUAAAAUUUAUGGAUUCAAACUAUCCUCCUGGAUUCAGUUAUGAAAAUUUUGGCCCCUUGUUUAGAGCUGAGUUUUUUGAUGCUGAUCGGUGGGCAGACAUUUUGAAAGCUUCAGGGGCCAAAUACGUUGUCUUGACUUCAAAGCACCAUGAAGGUUUUACUUUGUGGGGAUCUAAAUAUUCUUGGGCUUGGAAUGCUGUUGACAUUGGACCAAAAAGGGACAUUGUGUCUGAGUUAGCAUCGUCCAUUAGAAACAAGACUGGCUUACACUUUGGGCUGUAUCAUUCUCUUUUUGAAUGGUUCAAUCCUCUCUUCCUUGAUGAUGCCUACAAUGUAUUCACAACAAACCAAUUUCCAAGGGCCAAGUCUCUUCCAGAGCUGUAUGAGAUUGUGAACAAGUACCAUCCAGAGAUUCUGUGGUCAGAUGGAGAUGGGCAAGCCCCAGACACUUAUUGGAACAGCACUGGCUUCCUAGCCUGGCUUUAUAAUGAAAGCCCAGUUCGGGACACAGUUGUAACAAACGAUCGCUGGGGAACAGGCACUAUAUGUAAACAUGGAGGAUAUUACACUUGUGCUGAUCGAUAUAACCCAGGACACCUUUUGCCUCAUAAGUGGGAAAACUGUAUGACUAUUGAUAGAUUGUCAUGGGGAUACCGGAGGAAUGCACGGUUGAAUGAUUAUCUUACAAUUGAAGAGCUCAUCAAGGAACUUGUACAAACAGUGUCAUGUGGAGGAAAUCUCUUGGUGAACAUUGGGCCCAGUCAUGAUGGUCUCAUUCCUGUUAUUUUUGAAGAGCGCUUAAAGCAAAUGGGGACUUGGCUGGCAGUGAAUGGGGAAGCCAUUUUUAGCACUAAACCUUGGAGAGCCCAGAAUGACAGUAUCACACCGGGAGUAUGGUACACAUUCAAACCAAAAGCAAACUUAUUGUAUGCCAUUUUCCUUAACUGGCCAUCUUCCGCAGCUAUACAGCUUGGAGAACCAAAAGGCAUCGUUGGCAAGACUGAGGUGACACUCAUUGGUUAUGAAAAACCAUUGCCGUGGACUUCUUUAGGGGAAAGGGGAAUGUUGGUGGUUACACCUCAACUCCCAUUUACUAAAUUUCCCUAUCAGUGGGGCUGGACUCUACAGCUGACUAAUGCAUAUUAACAAUAGACAGCUCUCAUUUGCAAACUACUAUAAUCAAAUUUUUGUGGAUAAUUGGAGUUUGUUCAUCAUGGCAUAAUUUUGGGGUGAAUAGGGAUAUGUCAAAAUAGAGACUUCUUAGAAAAUGUAUUAAUGCUGCUCCUUAUUCAACUCUUCUGCCAUCUUUUGAAACAAAGCCCUAUAGAAGUAUGUGUCAGGUUCUCCAAAACAAAGAGUAAAAUGCGAAGAUGACACAUGCAGUGGUCCUAGAGACUCUCAGAAGGCAGCCUAAGCAGAAACAUUCACAUUUCCAAUUCUGAAAGGAUAUUUAGACAUUGAAAAACAACCUGGAACAUGGCUACUAUGAAUAAUCUUAGAAGUGGUGCUUGAGGAAAUCUUUAUCUGUAAAGUUUUUGGAUACAACAUUGCCAGUUCUGCAUUUUAAAAAUGAAACUGCAUACUUAA